AUGCCUUCCCAAAGACAAGCCAUCCACGCCUCCUCAGCUCCAAAGCCCAACGGCAAUUAUUCACAUGUAGUCCGUGAAGGCAACACCCUACACGUCGGUGAGUCCAACCUCCUCUAUAUCCAAACCCCAAACUUCAACCCAAGCAUCCACCACAAGACCACAGCACUAACCCACCCUCCACANGCCGGCUGGAUGGGCGACGACCCCUCAACAGGCACCAUCGUCUCCGGCGGUAUAGGUCCUCAAACCCACCAGGCGAUCCAAAACAUCAAAGCCUGUUUGGAAGCCGCAAACUCUAGUCUCGAUAAAGUGGUCAGGAGGAGAAUUUAUAUCAUGGACAUGAAGGAUUUUAGAGAGGUGGAUAGGAUUUGGGCAGAGUACUUUGAGGAGCCGUAUCCCGUGAGCACCUGUGUGCAGGUUAGUGGGUUGGCUAAGGAGGGUGCGUUGGUCGAGUUGGAGGUUGUUGCUGAGGCUUGA